AUGUCGACCACCCCUUCUCCUUCUGCCUCUCCUUCCCCCUCCGCGCGCUCGGUCUGGACCUCGCGCACGGUGCUCUCCACGCGCAAGACACAGCCCGUCGCCGGCCCCUCCAUCCCCCUCCUCCCCGCUGCCCCGCAGUGCCAGUCGCCCCGACAGAUGGGCGGGCCCCUCCGCCGGAGUCGCGCUCGACACAUGCGCCUCUGCAACCCUCACGAGUAUGGCCUCUUUACGGUCAGUGAGGCAGAGGAGAUUGAGGCGGCUGAGCGCUCGUCCUCGCGCUGUCCCUCAUGGCUCUCGACCCGCUCGUCCGCCUCUGACUCUUCGGCCCCUAUCCACACUCCUAGGUCGGAGACUGAGGACCCAUUCGAGUUCUGGAGCGCCAUCUGCGAUGAGCCGCCGGUGCCGCCGCUCCCAUCAGGAGCAGUCGGACGCAAGCGCCCUCCGCCCCUCGACCUGGCCCCGUACCCGCGAUCAUCUUCUCGUCUCCCCCGCGUCAGUGCUUCCGAGCCCGCGGGCGUCAAAGCCCCUCUCCUCCCCGCCCUUCCGAUUAGGUCACCGCUCCCCGGCGCGCCGAAGUUCGCCAAGCAGCCCGAACCCGAAGUUCCUAUCGGGCUCGGCAUCAUGGCACCGAACGGCGUCAACCUCGUGUCUGCGCUGCGCGAGCUCUUGACCUCGUGCGGCGAGUACGACGAGUUCAGUCAUGACGAAAUGUUCGCCGACGCCGAGGAUGACGACGAAUCGAUGGCCUCGGCCCCCGUCACGCCAACAACGCCUGUGACGCCGCAAAUCGCGUACACUAUUCCGACGCCGCGUGCGCCUCGCGCCCAGGCGCCAAGGGAACACCGCAACGCAGUCCUGUUUGGGGACCACACAUAUCUGCAGUCUCUGAGCGACUCGUGCACUGAUGCCGAAGAGGACGCCUUCGAGGUGCCGUCGCUCUCGAACAGCUGGAACUCGACCUCGAGCCGCACGCCAAAUCUCUCCACGCCGUAUAUGGACGAGCCGCUGCAUGUGCCCGUCGUCCCUAUGGCGGGGUCGCUCUACUCGAUGCCCAACGUCUCGCUCGAGGACAGCAAGCGCAUGUCAUCGCGCUCAUCGCGCCCCGGAUGGCGAUAUGUCUAA